GCACCAGCGAAACGCGUCGGAGGCAUUGCGGAGUCGUCAAAUCGGAAAUAAAACUACAGUCAAUACGAAAAAAGAACAAUCUUAUCUGAACAAUAUAAAUAACAUUAAAUGACAAGCGCAUACCCCCUAGACCAAGCGGGGGGCUGCACCUGCAAUACCAGCUGAGAGUUCUAGUUUAAAUCGCAGUCGCGGCACUUUUGUAUCUCUUAUCAGUGUCUGAUGCUCGCUGCUUGUCGUCUCACUCACUCCUACCUUUUUUGCUCUCCCGCUGUUGUCUUCUUAUCUUAAAGAACCGUUCGAAUCCGCGGCUGUAACCCAACGUCCGACUGGCAGACGCAUUCAGAACGUGAACUCUGCCAGUUGUGUUGUCGUCGGAGGCGAAUUGAAUCGCAUUGAAUACACUCAUAUUCGCACUCAUAUAUAUUUAUCGAGGCUAACUGGCUCGUUACACUCAAAGCAAAUAUUUGGACAGUGUUCAAAGCAACUGCAGCAGUCGACAACUGUUUAAAACUAGAGAUACAGAAAUGGUUCAGCAAUAUUCGGCGUGGAAAGUGCUCACACGUCGCAAGCAGCUGACGCCCGAUGGCAGCGAGGGGGAGACGAAACUGAAUCGUGUCUUGGGCCUCUGGGAUCUGACAGCGUUGGGCGUGGGCUCGACAUUGGGCGCCGGUGUUUAUGUGCUGGCUGGACAAAUAGCCAAAGAGCAGGCGGGUCCAUCCGUAAUAAUAUCCUUUGCGAUAGCAGCACUCGCCUCACUUCUGGCAGGCAUCUGCUAUGCGGAAUUCGGUGCUCGGGUACCCAAGGCGGGUUCCGCUUAUGUUUACAGUUAUGUGUGCAUUGGGGAGUUUGUGGCCUUUGUUAUUGGCUGGAAUCUGAUAUUGGAGUACGUAAUUGGCACGGCCAGCGUCUGUCGUGGCAUCAGUCUCUAUCUGGACACACUGCUCAAUGAUACGCUGAAGCAAACCUUUGCCGAGAUAGCGCCAAUGAAUGUCAGCUUUCUAGGAAGUUACUUUGACUUUUUCGCCUUCGGCUUGGUCAUUGUUUUUGGUGUGGCUCUGGCUUUUGGUGUGGAGACCUCGGCGAUGGCAAACAAUUUUGUCACAUGCGUUAACAUUUUCAUUUUGGGCUUCGUCAUCAUUGCCGGCGCCAUUAAGGCCGAUUUCAGCAAUUGGACAGUGGAUGAGUCGACGAUUGUGGCAAAUGGCACCAAUAUAGGCAACGGUGGGUUCUUUCCCUUUGGAUUUGAGGGCACCCUUCAGGGAGCUGCCACUUGCUUCUUCGGAUUUGUGGGCUUCGAUUGCAUUGCGACCACAGGCGAGGAGGUGCAGAAUCCCCGCAAGAAUAUACCACGCUCCAUUCUGCUAUCGCUGCUGAUCAUUUUCCUGUGCUACUUUGGAGUGUCCACUGUGCUGACCCUGAUGUUGCCCUAUUACGUUCAGGACGUCAAUGCUCCAUUGCCUUAUGCCUUUGAAUAUGUGGGCUGGCCGGUGGCCAUGUGGAUAGUAACAAUUGGUGGACUGGUUGGUCUGCUGGCUAGUCUAUUUGGCGCACUGUUUCCACUGCCGAGGGUUAUGUACUCGAUGGCACAGGAUGGUUUGCUGUUUCGGUUUCUGGGCAAGAUCAGCCCACGCUUUCGAGCACCUGUAACGGGCUCCAUUGUGGCAGCGCUUUUCACGGCUCUCUUUGCGGGUCUGUUCGAUCUGGAGCAGCUGGUUAGCCUGCUCUCCAUUGGCACUCUGCUGGCCUACAGCGUGGUUGCCUUAUCCAUAACAAUUCUACGCUACAUGGAGUACUGCGAAAUGGAGGAGCAACCGUCCCAAACUGUCUCCGAAACAACAUCGCUGACAUCGAGAAACGAUCGCUUCAGCUGGAGCUCAAUCUGCACCCAACUCUUCAAUGUCCAUCGUGUGCUGGAACCCAAUUCGUUCUCCACACGAAUUGUGGGCAUACUAACAACCUUAUUCUGUGUCCUCUCGCUGGGUCUUGGAGUGCUGCUCAUGCAGGCUUAUCCGGCCAUCAGGUCCCAGAAGGCGUGGGCGUUAACUCUGCUCAUCCUUCUAAUAGUGCUGAUGGCCGUUGUGCUCUUGCUCACCUGCUUGCAGCCACGCGAGGCGAAGAGUCGCUUGUUCCGGGUGCCCUUUGUGCCCGUGGUGCCAGCGAUUAGCAUCUUUAUCAAUAUUUAUCUUAUGCUGCAGCUAAAUAGCUGGACUUGGAUACGUUUUGGUGUCUGGAUGAUUGUGGGUAUACCCAUAUUUAUUGCAUGCUGGUGUCUCUAUGACAUCAGAGAUCCAAAGAAACGAAAUCCUGAACGCAUUGCGUUCUACAAGGCAUUGAAAAUGGCAGAGCAACGACCCUUAGAUACGAGUAAUGGCAAUGGCAACGGCAAUGGCUAUAUUUCCAAGCAGAGCACGAUUACGGGCUCAACGCAGAUUGUGAGAAAUUCUAGCAGCUUGGAUCAGAUACAGAAUCUAAGCGAGGUUUUCGAUGACCUGAAGGAACACAAAAAUGCGAACGGCAAGAUUUUUUAUGUGGAGGACACAAAGAGCGAGCAUUCCGCGACGACUGUAGAUGAACACUCUGUGCUGGCCAUGCUGGACGAUGUGCUCGAUGCGGAGGAUACACAACAGCAACAGUUGGAUCAGCAACAGAUCUUUGAGCGUAACUACAGCAUCGACUCGGAAAUGUUGCCCAGUGUGAUAGAGACAACAAUUGUGGCCACUGUGCACAGCAGCAGCAGCGACGAUGAUGAUGCCAGCAGUCAGAAAUCCUUGGAGCUAUACAGGAUGGAGCAGUGCAAACAGGCAGCAAGUGAGAUGAUCAAAGAGAUGUUCGACAGUGUCGCUUUCUAUGAGCAACUGCAGGCGGCCAAAAUAAUACAGAGCACAAAAGACGAGGAAUCAAAUGAGCCACCACAACUGCGAGAUGAACUCAAGCGAGCUGCUUCGAUUGCCUCAAUAGCGUCGCAGGCAUCGCUUGCCUCUGUGGUCGACGAUCCGUUGCAUUCGGAAAAGUUCAAGAAUCGACUGAGCAGUUUAAUCAUGAAUCAUGAACCCAAUAGCACACCCAGGCCCAAGCGAUUUGAGGAGUCAGCAAAGCUGCCGGAGACAGUCAGGAAAAAGCCUCAACUAAAGCAAUCGAAAAGUGAAAGUGAUGUCCGCCUACUGUUGCUGAAGGCAAUUCGAGAAAUGCAAACGGACAAUCAAGAUGCGACGACUGAAGCUGUUGCUGAGGGAAACGGUAAUGCAAAUGCUGAUGGUAAUGGUAAUAAAGAGGCUGCUACUGUAUCUAUGGAAUCAGCUUCUGGCUCCUCCCACAUACCGCGACCCCCAAAAUUCGAUCCGGUUUUGUACAAGACCAUAAACAGCAUUAGUUUGCACAAGCAGCGACCCAGUUUGAACCGAGAGCUUGUUGUGGACGCCAAGAAUGCGAAUGUAACAGCAGUCAGCCAACAAGAACCAGAGCCAGAGCCAGAGCCUGAGUCGGAGCCGGUGCCAUUCAAAGCGAAAUUGGAGGCAAUAUUGCAACGGGGUCCCUCGCAUCGAAUGCAACAGCGUCCGGGAGUGGAUGUGGUGAUUCGCCGUCGGCCGCAAUCCGUGUACAUUGAGGAAGCGCCAAUUGAAUGAGCCGAGCGGAGGGGAGCUAAGAGCGGGGGUUGCAAUUCUCAAUUUUGCAAAUAUACUGUAAAAGUAGCGUUGCACACUCUGCAGUAAUGAAAUGUUGGGUAGUUGUUGUAACUAUUGCAGUUGCUGUUGCUGCUCUUGUUACGGUGGAACUGUUAGUUAAAUGGAGGCAAUACUAGAUGAUAAGUGCUUAGCUUUACAUUGGAUUGCGCAGCAGGAAAUUCGUGCAAAUUCAAUUGCAAAUUCUGAUAUUACGAAGCCAGUCCAUCGGGCUGAGCCAUAGUGCCAAUUUAGAGAAGCAAAUGCAACUCGAAAUCUGGUGAAUCAAAAACUACUGUAGAAAGGAUGAGAGAGAGAGAGAAAGAGAGUUAGAGAGAGAAUGAGUGGAGGAAGAGGAAUGAUGAUGAAAAUGUAGUUAAUAGAGUACGCGGCAGUUAUCUCAGGGCUGGAUAGAGAUGCGCCGUAAUUAUACUAUUAUUUAUAAAUGUAAUUGAAUUGAACUUGGAUACAGUUUAAGCUUCCUAACUUAUUAAAUGACCCUUAAGAAAGUUAUUUUAAUUUUGAAAUCAAAGUAAUUUUUUAUCAGAGUUACAGCAACUUUUUAUUUUUGGGAAUGUUCGAGUUAUAGACGUUCGACUAAAGAACUGAGUGAAUUACUAAAGUACUGAGUCUAGAACUCUUCACCGUACUCUUAAUUGAACAAUUGUAGAAAAACUCUAUCGAGAAAUGAGUAUAAUAAUUAAGAGGUAGUUUUCUGAAUGAAAUGGUAUAAGCCUUGUGAUAUUAUCCAUACAAUAAAAACUAAAAAUUUACAACCAAGUUCCCCAAAAUUUUCAACUAAAAUAAAUCGAAGAGUGUCCAAGUGCAUUAAUUGGUUUAUAAUCAAGUCUUCACAGGGAAUAUUCCAAAUAAAUAAAUCAAUCAUUUUUAAUCAAUUAUAUACUUAGUGAUAUACUUAGCUAUUAAACUAUAGAAUGAACCAAAAAUUAGUUAUUUUAACAAGAUGGUAUUAAAUUUAUUUGCGAUUGCAUGUGCAUGCUGUUUUUCAAGUAUUAUAAUG